GUGUAUCUAUUAUCCACUAUUAUCUAUGGUACUGAAAUAACCUUAAACAUUGCUGUAUUCAAUACAAAGUUAUUCUUAACUAUUUAUUAUAAUAGCAAAAGAAUAUUGGAAAUUAUGAUAUAAAAGGAAUAACCAGGUAGUAAUGAAUGUGUCUGUUGUGGAAGAAUUUAAAAGAAGUUGGGUAACUUCUACAAUAGGAAUAAUUUUAUUCUUUUGUGGUUUAUGGCUUCUGACUUGGAAUGAGGGGCGAGCAGUGAACCAUGCUAAUUCUCUAGAUGAGGCCUUCAAUAAUGUCAUAACUAUAAAUGCUUUUGAUAAAAUUCAACCAGAAUUUGAAGGACGUCUUGUCCAUAUUAAUGGACCAAUAUCAACUAGUGAACCUUUGACUGAACCAGACUAUGGUAUUUCAAUUCAAGCAGUAAAACUCAAAAGAAGAGUUCAAAUGUACCAGUGGAUUGAAGAACGAACGCCAAGUGAUUAUUCAAAUAUUGACACUGUAGGGCAUUUUGAAAAAACAGAAGAUUCCCAUUACUAUUAUGUAACAGAAUGGAGAGAUAAACUGGUGGACAGUAGUAAUUUCUAUUUUAGACAUGGGCAUGAAAAUCCUUUAGCAAUGCCUUUAAAUAGUUUUAUUCACAUAGCACCUGUUGCUAAAGUAGGUAAUUUGAUUCUCAGCAAUGAAUUAAAACAGAAGUUUGUAAAUUAUGAAGAGGUCACAGGUGAUGAAAGACCUGAAAGAUCUGAUAUUAAACUGCAUAUGGGGAUCUAUUAUCAUUGUGAUGACGUAUGGAACCCAGAAGUAGGAGACAUUAGAGUUCAGUUUUAUUAUGCUGGCUUAAUUGGUGAAGAAGUCAGUAUAAUAGGCAUGCAAAAAGAUGGUGUUAUUGUUCCAUAUCUGACAUCAAAGGGGCAUCAAAUUCUUUUACUUAGACAUGGAAUUUUAACAGUUUCACAAAUGUUUACAGAGGAACAUAAAGAUGCUCGAAUAGAGACUUGGAAAUUACGUGGUGCCGGCGUAGCCGUUCUUUAUGCCUCAUCUAUUUGUUUAACCAGACUAAUUAGAUUAUUAAUGCUCCGUUCAACAAUACUGCGGUCAAUGGCGUUGAGUGAAAGUGGCUCAAAGUGUAGUUUUGCAGUUUCCUUGUCAGUUUCUUUACUGAUUAUGUCAACAGCUUGGAUAGUGUAUAGGCCUUGGUUGGGAGCAGCCUUACUUAUGGCUGCAUUUAGUCCUUUUAUAUAUUCUACACUUGUUCUAGUCAAAAUGGUUUUGAUUCUAUUUUGUGCUGUAUUUCUAUUGUAGGAAAUAUAAGUAAAAUAAACGAUUUAUAAGAAAAUUAUGUAA